GCUUGCAUCCCGGAGCUCCCCCCACCAGUUAUUUCUCGGACGCCCGCUCCCCGGACUAAAGCGAGGUAUACUGCUCCCGGUAACCCGUCCAAGGAGCUGAGUCGGUGGGACUGUCUGGCCGCUGGAUAUUCCUCCGAGGGCCUCAAACACAAGCAUCGCCAUCAUAACGAUGCCGAUGGCAGCAACAAGAUGCAUCACCACUAUGAUGGAGCCUAUUCAUCCGGUCCUGCAUCCCUGAGUUAUCUCGGGCAUGAAUCGCACCAAGCUUUCCGAGCUGGUUCUCAGAAAUCCUCGAGUUUCAGGAAGGUGAGUUUCCAACGUGAUAGCGUUACGACUGCGUGA